AUGGUUCUAAAUGUUCAAAGCCUCGGGGACCCCAAGUUGGGAACCUCUAUCCCCUUGAGCAUCUGGGCCAUCUUCUACCCUCGCCGCUGUGCGGACCAAGCAGAGGAGCUGCUUUCCACCUUUAACAAGGUGGCUGGGCCUAUCGGGGUAAGACUAGAGCGACCUGUUCGGGUGGAGCUGCGUGAUGACCGGACUGAGACUUAUGUCAAGAGCAUCCACUCUCUGCUCACCAGUGAGCCUAAAUUGCAGCUGGUAGUUUGCAUCAUGGUUGGCAACAGAGAGGAUCUCUACAGCGCCAUCAAAAAGCUGUGCUGUGUUAAAAGUCCCGUACCGUCACAGGCCAUCAAUGUGAGGACAAUAUCUCAGCAACAGAAGCUGAGGAGCAUUGCCCAAAAGAUACUCCUGCAGAUGAACAGCAAGUUAGGAGGAGAGCUGUGGACUGUCAACGUUCCUCUGAAAAACUUGAUGGUAGUUGGAGUUGACGUCCACCAUGACACUAGCAAGGUGCAUCAGUCAGUCAUGGGAUUUGUUGCAAGUGUGAACAGCUCACUGACCCGCUGGUACUCCAGAGUAACUUUCCAGACACCUAAUGAGGAACUGAUCAGUGGUUUCAGAGUUUGCUUGUUGGCUGCUUUGCAGAAGUACUACGAGGUAAACCACAACCUGCCAGAAAAGAUUGUGGUGUAUCGGGAUGGUGUGUCCGAAGGCCAGCUGAAGAUGGUGGAGCAGUACGAGAUCCCACAGCUGAUCAAAUGCUUUGAGAGGUUCCCCAGCUAUGAGCCCAAGCUGGUCUUCGUUGUGGUCCAGAAACGCAUCAGCACCACACUCUACUCGUGUUCUGCAAACACCUUUGAUGCUCCUCCACCUGGAACUGUUGUGGAUCACACACUCACUCAGAAAGACUGGGUGGACUUUUAUCUGAUGGCACAUAGUAUUCGUCAGGGUUGUGGACUCCCUACACACUAUAUCACCUUGUACAACACGGCAAACCUCACACCAGACCACUUGCAAAGGUUGACGUUCAAGAUGUGCCAUCUGUACUGGAACUGGCCAGGCACCAUUCGUGUUCCAGCACCCUGCAAGUACGCGCAUAAACUGGCUUUCCUGUCCGGCCAACACCUGCACAAGGAGCCAGCCAUCCAGCUCUCAGACAAGCUAUUUUUUCUGUGAGGUUAUUAACCCAAGUGUUACGACUGUCAGCUAUGCAACUCAUUAUUCCAUCUUGACCUUGUAUCAUCGCCUGGCUGGGAUUGG